UCACCAACAUUCACACCAUCUUCAUCACCAACCGCAAUGCUCUCAUCAUCUACCUCUUUAUCAUCAUCUUCCUCAUCCUUACCAUCAUCAACAAAUUCACAGCAUUCAUCACCAACAUUAACAUCAUUAUCAUCAUCAACAUCUUUAGUACUAUCAUCUCCACCAUCUUCAUCAGUCCCACUAUUGUCAUCAUCAACCCCAGCAGCACAGGCCACACUAAUAGCAACCUCUACAUCAUCUUCCUCAUAUUUACCAUCAUCAGCAAAUGUACAGCCUUCAUCAUCAUCCCCACCAUCUUCAUCAACAACAUUAACAUCAUCGUCAUCAUCAACAUCCUCAAAGCUAUCAUUUACACCAUCUUCAUUUUCUACACCUUCCUCAGCACCAUCUUCAUCAGUCUCACUAUCGUCAUCAUCUUCUUCUUCUUCAACACCAUCAUCCACACCAACAUUAUCCACAUCAUCAUCCACACUAUCAUUUUCAACCCCACAAUCUUCAUCAUCAAUCUCAAUAACAUUGUCACCUGCACCAACAACAUCAUUCUCAUCAUCAUCAUCAUCAUCAUCAUCAAUAACCUCAUUAUCAGUCAAGGAAGCUAAUCUGCCCAACAACAGUUCUCCUAUUUAA